GGCGCUCACUGUCGCCGCGACACCGCCGCGACACCGCCGCCGCACCGCCGCCGGCGCGCACUCCGCUCGUCACAACUAACUCGCGAAACUAUAACUCCGCGACUUCUUGCAAUUACUGUAGGUGAUCCGCCCAGUGCUGGUAUCCGUGUGGAAACUUCAUAAAAGCUUUAAAAAAUAAUAUAGUGGCGCAGUGUUGUGUUGUGUUGUGGAUGCGGUGGAUUUAUUGAAGAUUAUUAACAACUUUUGGAAUUAAAAUCUCAGGAACGCGUAGAGGUGUCAUGUGUAUAUCAACUACUCGGCUUUAUGGUCUCUUUCGGCUGUAAAAAAAAAUUCAACUUCUAAGGAGCCGGCGCGGCGAGGUGCGGCAACCCUGACUCCGCAGUAACUACCCUACUUCAACGCAGCGUGGCGCGUGUGUGGCGCGGGCGGUGGUGAGGAUGGUGCGGCGGCGCGCGGCGGCAUCAUGAACGCGAGCGAGGCGCCGGAGCCGGAGCCGGAAGGCUGCGACUCCGACUACGGCGUGGCGCCCGCCGACAAGCUGUUCCGGUUUGUGGUGCACGGCGUGCUGCUGAACGCGAUCGGCGCUGGCGGGCUGCUCGGCAACGCACUUUCUGUGGUGGUGCUCUCGCGGCCGCAAAUGCGCUCCUCCGUAAACUGCCUGCUGGUUGGGCUGGCGGCGUGCGACACCGUGCUCAUCCUUACCUCUGUACUGCUGUUCGGCCUCACCGCCGUGUUUCCCUACACCGGCCGCUUGCGCCACUACUACUAUCACGUGUGUCCGCACCUCACGCCCUACGCGUAUCCGAUUGCAAACGCGGCACAGACCAUGUCAGUGUACCUCACACUCAUUGUCACCGUAGAGAGGUGGGUGGCGGUGUGCCAUCCGUUCCGCGCAAAGGCGCUAUGCACAUCGUCGCGCGCGCGCUGGUACGUGCUUGGCACGGCCGCGUUCGCGCUCGCUUACAAUGCGCCUAAGUUCUUUGAGGCGGAGGUAGUGCGCCGACAAGUGGACGGCGAACCAGUCUAUUGCGUGACCGCCAACCUGAAUUUCCGUACCGACACCUACAUCGUAGUGUAUAUCCACUCCAUGUACAUGAUAGUGAUGUACAUAGUUCCGUUCUCUGCGCUGGCCGCGCUCAACGCGUGCAUCGUGCGGCAAGUGCGGCGCGCACAGGCGGAGCGCGCGCGGCUCUCGCGCGUGCAGCGCCGGGAGCUCGGCCUCGCCACCAUGCUGCUCGUCGUCGUGCUCGUAUUUUUCCUCUGCAACCUGCUGCCGCUCGUCACCAAUUCUAUCGAGGUGUUCGGCGGCGAUCGGCUCGAGAGCCUCGACCCGUUGGUCAAGACCACCAAUCUAUUGGUCACCAUUAACAGCAGUGUCAACUUCGUCAUCUACGUGAUAUUCGGCGAGAAGUUCAAGCGCGUGUUUCUGAAGAUGUUCUGCGCGGGCCGAUGGCGGCGACGGACGCGUGACUCACCGGAGCACACGCGGGACGACUCGUUCGCGUCGUGCGGCGAGCGCGUGUCGCUGCGGUUGGCGCGCAACGGCACGCUGCGCCGCUCGGAGGCGCGCGCGGCGCCGCGCGGCACGUGCGGCCCGGGCCGGUCGCGGCGCGCGCCCUCGCCCGCGCCCACCGUGUUCCCCGCGCCGCACACGGAGCUCACGAGCAACUCCUCGCUGCAGGACGCGCCGCCCGCCGCCGCGCGCUGGAACGGACACACGCGCUCGCACUUCUAACGUCGUCGGCAGGCCGCACCACUCGCGUCCUCCGCCGCUCGGCUCGCUUUAACACAAACACGCGACAUAAACAAUACAAACUGUGACCAAGUGGGAACAAGGUGUAGUGUGAGUGAACUCAUAUAUUCUUGUAAAUAAUUAUUAUAACGCACGGAGAGCAUGGCUCUCGCUGGCGACUAGCUCUGGCGAGUGUCGCGGGACGUUUCAAUGUGUUCACGUGUUAACACACAAGCCACGGACCAGACACAAAUUAAACUCAUUAAUUAUAUACUACGUAGUAGAAUUGGUAUUGUAAAUAGGUAAAGUAAUAUAAUGUUAAGAGACGGUUGUUAUUAUAAACAUCGCAUGUAAGGCGAGUCCGUCGCUCGUGGAGCGGUGGAACUGUACAUUGUUACCUAUUCAAAACGAGAAAUAUAUUAAGUAAUAAAAAUUUCUGUAUGGAA